AUGUACGGCAUGCUGUUGGAGAGUGUGCAGCACUUCGUGCAGUUAGAGUAUGGCGAAGACGUUUGGGUUCAGCUUCUAGAGAAAGCUGAUUGCAGGCAUAUGGUUUUCAACACCAGACAAAUAUACCCUGACGAACUUAUGACCAAUUUGGCUGCUGCAUUGGCCACGGUCAACGGUGACUCGGUGGACAAUGUGAUGGAAUUCUUCGGGAGAUGUUUCGCUCGAUUUUUUAGCAACUUAGGGUACGACUGUACAGUAAAGGCCACUGGCCGUUAUUUCUGCGACUUUCUGCAAAGUGUCGACAAUAUUCACAUGCAAAUGAGAUUCACGUACCCAAAAAUGAAAAGUCCUUCGAUGUACACGACACACGUCGACACGGAAGGCGUGGUAUUAGUAUAUCGAAGCACUAGGAAAGGUUUUACACAUUAUUUCAUGGGUCAACUGUUUCAAAUAGCGAAAGAACUUUACAAAAUCGAUUUGAACAUUAGAGUAUUAGAGAGUUCAAACAAUAUCCCAGGCUCUAGGAGUGUGAUGGUUAAAUUCCGAAUUGAUUUUGACAAUCAUGAAUACAUCGCGAAAACCAACAGAAUGAAAACUCCUCUGGGUCGAGAAUUAGCACCAGUUUCGUGUACCUUUCUGUUGCGGCUUUUCCCGUUCGGGGUUGUGAUAAACAAGGAUAUGCGAAUACUGGGAGUCGGUGAAAAGAUGCUACAAGCAUGGGGCGGCAGCUCGUCCAUCCUGAACAAGCACAUCACGGAAGUCUUUAAAUUACGCAGGCCUAAAGGGAUUUCCUUCACGUGGGGAAAUGUAAUGUACUUGCAUUCGGUGAUGUUUGAACUAGAGCUGAUCCGUUCGAACGAUAACAAUGCAUCAUCGAGCUCAGACAAUAACGCGAGUACAAGCUCGGGAUUAGAUAGACGAGGGAGCCAGGGAGCUAGAAGUAUUCUGCUGAAAGGUCAGAUGAGGUACAUCGAUGACAUUAAGGCAAUAAUUUUCCUGUGUAGCCCCUUAAUCAACAGUUUAGAUGAACUGCUUAACAUGGGCCUGUACCUGAACGAUCUAAAUCCCCAUGGCCUGAGUCGAGAAUUGGUUCUCGCCGGAUGGCAACACUGUGGAAGAUUGGAAAUGAUGUUCGAGAGGGCGGAACAGAGAUCUACCGAACUGGAGAACAGCUACGCGCUUCUUGAUCGUUGGAAAAACAAAAGCGACGAGCUUUUGUACUCCAUGAUCCCCCAAACGGUCGCCGACCGAUUACGAGCUGGCGCGAGCCCUUUGAGUACCUGUGAGUCAUUCGAAUCAAUAACCGUCUUAUUCUGCGAGCUCUGCGACUUCAAUUACUCAACCAUCGAGGAUGCAAUGGACAUCGUCUCGUCGAUGAACGCAGUUUUCUCGUGUUUCGACUCCUUGAUGGACCAAUUUAACGUGUACAAAGUAGAAACUGUUGGUCGAGUUUACAUGGCGGCGAGUGGUGCACCGGAUAGGACCGAAAGUCAUGCGCAAAACGUCGCAGACGUGUCGUUGCAAUUGCUGAAGCAUGUUCAGUCCCUUAAAUUGCCUUCUGGUCUAGACAUACAAAUUCGAAUAGGAAUUCAUUCUGGACCAGCUGUGGCAGGUGUUGUCGGUAUCAAAGUGCCCAGAUAUUGCUUCUUCGGGGACACUGUGAACACUGCGUCGAGAAUGCAGACCACCAGUCUGCCGGGUAAUGUGCACGUCUCGAGAGACACCAAAGCGCUGUUACCGGAAGAUCGCUAUCGGAUCGAGUCGCGUGGAUUAGUUUGGGUCAAGAUACCGCGAAACGAUCAAAAGUAUCGACCCUCGUCGAACGUCCAAGUGCAUUACAACAUCACCAAUGCCGAGAUCGAGGAUCUGAGGCCAGCAGACGAUGCGUCUUCUAUUGAUUUCAAUUCACCGUCUUCUGGUCCGUCAAAGAGACCGAACGUCUGCAGGGACUGCGUGUGCGGAGUGGGAAGAAAAAUAAGGAUCGUUGGUGGAGACACGGCGACUGUAUACGAAUAUCCAUGGAUGGUUAGCAUGAGCAGACAUGGGAUAUUUUUCUGCGCCGGAAGCUUAAUCACACGGAGACACGUGCUUACGGCGGCUCAUUGCGUGGAGGGAUUCGACAAGAAGAGCAUCAAGCUGGUUUUAGCCGACAGCAACCGCACGAAUUUCAGUAAGAACGCCAUAGUUCGCCGUGUCAAGUCAUUCACCAUGCACGAAAACUUUCAGACGUACUCGUUCAACAACGAUAUCGCCAUCAUCGAAAUAGACCGGCCGGUGGAUGUGAAUGGUAUCGUGAGAACCGGAUGUUUGCCCGAAGACAAAGCUAUCGACUACACAGGAGCAACGGCUACAGUGGUUGGCUGGGGUCGAACCGGAGAGGAUCAGCCUGUGAGCGAGAAAUUGCGAAAGGUUAGCCUUCCAAUUUUAUCUCAGGAGGAGUGUGAUCAGGCUGGGUAUAAGAAAAAUCGGAUCACCGAGAACAUGUUCUGCGCUGGUUACUUGGAAGGCGAACGUGAUGCCUGUUCAGGUGACAGCGGCGGACCCCUUCAUGUGAAAGGAACAUACGGACACCUCGAAAUCGUUGGUCUCAUUUCAUGGGGUCGUGGCUGCGCGAGGCCAAACUUUCCAGGAGUAUACACAAAAGUCACUAACUAUUUCGGUUGGCUGAAAGACCAUCUCGAUGACGAAUGCGUGUGUCCACCCUGGACUCUUGGAUCGUUCCUGAUACUCUUCGCCCAUAUUACUUGCUUGGACGUCAGGUUCCUGAGGGAUGAUUCAACCACGACUAGGAAUUACACUACGGCGAAUUCGACACACAAUCGAAAGGGCAAGUUCCUGUUCGACGAAUUAUUCGGUCUUGACAUAUCCAUCGGUGGGGACAGCGAUGAUGAAGUAUCGCGGAACUGUACGUGCGAAUGCGGUGUGUCCAAUCAAGAGAAUCGAAUCGUCGGCGGAAGACCCACAGCCCCGAACAAAUAUCCGUGGGUGGCGCGGCUGGUCUACGAGGGUCGCUUUCAUUGCGGAGCCAGUCUUGUUAACAAUGAUUACGUUAUUACUGCGGCUCACUGUGUACGUAGACUGAAACGUUCCAAGAUCCGCGUGGUUCUCGGCGACUACGAUCAGUACGUGAACACGGAUGGACAAUCGAUAAUGAGGGCGGUGAGCGCCGUGAUUCGUCACAGGAACUUCGACAUGAAUUCGUAUAACCAUGAUGUCGCUCUGCUGAAGCUCCGAAAAUCGGUGAAAUUCACAAAAACCGUCAGACCGGUGUGCUUGCCCCAGACAGGCACGGAUCCCGCCGGAAAGGAAGGAACCGUGGUCGGCUGGGGUCGGACGUCGGAAGGAGGAAUGUUAGCGGGGAUAGUACAGGAAGUGCAAGUACCGAUAUUAAGUUUAUUGCAAUGCCGUAAGAUGAAAUAUCGUGCCAAUCGAAUUACAGAUAACAUGAUUUGCGCCGGUCGCGGUAGUCAGGAUUCGUGUCAAGGCGACAGCGGUGGUCCUCUUCUUGUACAGGAAGGCGACAGAAUUGAAAUCGUUGGAAUAGUUUCUUGGGGCGUUGGAUGUGGAAGACCGGGAUACCCCGGUGUAUAUACCAGGGUGACCAAAUACUUAAAGUGGAUCAAUGCUAACAUGAAAGAAGGCUGUAUAUGUGGAAAUUAG